CAACACUGGCUUAUAUGUUGGCUACACUGGCUUAUAUGUUGGCAACACUGGCUUAUAUGUUGGCAACCCUGGCUUAUAUGUUGGCAACACUGGCUUAUAUGUUGGCAACACUGGCUUAUAUGUUGGCAACCCUGGCUUAUAUGUUGGCAACACUGGCUUAUAUGUUGGCAACACUGGCUUAUAUGUUGGCAACACUGGCUUAUAUGAUGGCAACACUGGCUUAUAUGUUGGCAACACUGGCUUAUAUGUUGGCAACACUGGCUUAUAUGUUGGCAACCCUGGCUUAUAUGUUAGCAACACUGGCUUAUAUGUUGGCAACACUGGCUUAUAUGUUGGCAACACUGGCUUAUAUGUUGGCAACCCUGGCUUAUAUGUUGGCAACACUGGCUUAUAUGAUGGCAACACUGGCUUAUAUGUUGGCAACACUGGCUUAUAUGUUGGCAACCCUGGCUUAUAUGUUGGCAACCCUGGCUUAUAUGUUGGCAACCCUGGCUUAUAUGUUGGCAACCCGGGCUUAUAUGUUGGCAACACUGGCUUAUAUGUUGGCAACACUGGCUUAUAUGUUGGCAACACUGGCUUAUAUGUUGGCAACACUGGCUUAUAUGUUGGCAACACUGGCUUAUAUGUUGGCAACACUAGCUUAUAUGUUGGCAACACUGGCUUAUAUAUUGGCAACACUGGCUUAUAUAUUGGCAACACUGGCUUAUAUGUUGGCAACACUGGCUUAUAUGUUGGCAACACUGGCUUAUAUGUUGGCAACACUGGCUUAUAUGUUGGCAACACUAGCUUAUAUGUUGGUGGCAGGGACCAAGAUAACGGUGUCAGGGACCAAGAUAACGGUGUCAGGGACCAAGAUAACGGUGACAGGGACCAAGAUAACGGUGACAGGGACCAAGAUAACGGUGACAGGGACCAAGAUAACAGUGACAGGGACCAAGAUAACAGUGACAGGGACCAAGAUAACGGUGACAGGGACCAAGAUAACGGUGACAGGGACCAAGAUAACAGUCACAGGGACCAAGAUAACGGUGACAGGGACCAAGAUAACGGUGACAGGGACCAAGAUAACAGUGACAGGGACCAAGAUAACGGUGACAGGGACCAAGAUAACGGUGACAGGGACCAAAAUAACGGUGACAGGGACCAAGAUAACAGUGACAGGGACCAUGAUAACGGUGACAGGGACCAAGAUAACGGUGACAGGGACCAAGAUAACGGUGACAGGGACCAAGAUAACGGUGACAGGGACCAAGAUAACGGUGACAGGGACCAAGAUAACGGUGACAGGGACCAAGAUAACGGUGACAGGGACCAAGAUAACAGUGACAGGGACCAAAAUAACUGUGACAGGGACCAAGAUAACGGUGACAGGGACCAAGAUAACGGUGACAGGGACCAAGAUAACGGUGACAGGGACCAAGAUAACGGUGACAGGGUCCAAGAUAACGGUGACAGGGUCCAAGAUAACGGUGACAGGGUCCAAGAUAACGGUGUCAUGGACCAAGAUAAUGGUGACAGGAGCAGUUAA